GCUGUUCGUUGGGAGAGAUCGUAUAUAAGAUGAUGUAUACACGUUGACGAUACUCAUUCGGCUUCUUUUGGCAGUCAACGACAACACAAUUUUUUUAUAUUUUUUAGUCCCUCAUACGGUGUUUCAUCAGUUUAACAUUUCUUUUGGUACCAUUUCGGAAUUAUGCAGUUAUCAACUUUAGUGCUCAUUUUGGGCACCCUUGCAAUUAAAGGGUCCCUCGGAAGUGACUGGGGAUGGGAACCACCGAUAGUCAAAGUUAUUCACAAGGUUGUCCACAUUCCAAAACACGUUCCAAUCCCAAAAGUCAUCACUGUUCCAAAGAUCGUCCCAUACCCAAAGACCAUUGCUGUUCCCCAUCCAGUACAUAUUCCAGUAAAAGUUCCAGUCUACAAGACCGUUAAGAAGGUCAUCCCAGUGGCUAAGCACAUUCCAGUACCUAGGCCAGUGCCAAUUGCCAAACCUUACCCAGUUGGAGUUCCAGUUCCAGUGUUCAAACCGCAUCCAGUCCCAGUCUUUAAGCCAGUGGCCAUUGCCAAGACUAUUCACGUUCCAUACCCAGUAAAGGUACCCAAACCCCAUCCAUACCCAGUCCACAAGAUCAUCCAUGUUCCCAAGCCAUACAUGGUUCCAGUUAAAGUCCCAGUCUACAAGGAAGUCAUUGUCAAGAAGCCAGUUCAAAUCCCAGUACCAGUUUACAUUAAGAAGAAGCCAGUCUAUCAUCCACCUUCAUACGAAGCAUGGAAGGCCGCUGCCAGUCAAAAGCACGAGCAAAAGGUUGCCCCAAACACUCCAAUCAAACCUGAGCAGAGUAAAAACUAGAUAAGUCCAUCACCAUUAAAUCCUCACAAACACACUCAACACGCGCCAUCAUUCAUCGACCACACAACACCAACCAUAUUCAUCCCUCUCUUUUUUUUCAUUUUUGUAUCGCUGUAUACAAAAACAUAGACCUUUUACAAAAUUGCAUAAAAAACAUCGACUCAUCAUCAACAUCAUCAUAACAAUCAACUCUUGAUUAGAAUUGUAAAAAGAAAUUCAGCAAAAAUUAUUAAAACAAUAUUAUACUUUUUCA